CUUGUGCGCUGCUACGGCGCACUCGCAGCGCCCUAGCGGCGAGAGGGAGAACGAGCACAGGCGGGUGGAGAGAGUAAGGGUUCGGGGGUGGGAGGAACCCACCUCGGGAGCCCGGGAAAUCCCGGACGUGCCACCGCCCCCAACUUUGUGGCGCCCUCCGGCAGCGGCGGCAAGGAUGGAGCUGCCUCCCCGCGGCCGGGCGUCGCCGGACUCGCCGCUGGACAGCGCCUCCCUGACCUCGCUGGACUCCAGCGUCUUCUGCAGCGAGGGCGAAGGGGAGCCCCUGGCGCUCGGGGACAGCUUCACAGUCAACGUGGGCGGCAGCCGCUUUGUGCUCUCGCAGCAGGCUCUGUCCUGCUUCCCACACACGCGCCUUGGCAAGCUGGCCGUGGUGGUGGCCUCGUGCCGGCGCCCCGGGGCCCUGACCGCCGUGCCCAGCCCCCUGGAGCUCUGUGACGACGCCAACCCCGUGGACAACGAGUACUUCUUCGACCGGAGCUCGCAAGCAUUCCGCUACGUCCUGCACUACUAUCGCACCGGCCGCCUGCACGUCAUGGAGCAGCUGUGCGCGCUCUCCUUCCUCCAGGAGAUCCAGUACUGGGGCAUCGACGAGCUCAGCAUUGACUCCUGCUGCAGGGACAGAUACUUCAGAAGAAAGGAGCUGAGUGAAACUUUAGACUUUAAGAAGGACACAGAAGACCAGGAAAGUCAACAUGAGAGCGAACAGGACUUCUCACAAGGACCUUGCCCCACCGUCCGCCAGAAGCUCUGGAACAUCCUAGAGAAACCGGGGUCUUCCACAGCUGCCCGAAUCUUUGGGGUCAUAUCCAUCAUCUUCGUGGCGGUGUCCAUCGUCAACAUGGCUCUGAUGUCAGCCGAGUUAAGUUGGCUGGACCUGCAGCUGCUGGAAAUCCUGGAGUACGUGUGCAUUAGCUGGUUCACCGGGGAGUUUGUCCUGCGCUUCCUGUGCGUGCGGGACAGGUGCCGCUUCCUGAGAAAGGUGCCAAACAUCAUAGACCUCCUAGCCAUCUUGCCCUUCUACAUCACUCUUCUGGUAGAGAGCCUGAGUGGGAGCCAGACUACACAGGAGCUGGAAAACGUGGGGCGCAUCGUCCAGGUUUUGAGGCUGCUUAGGGCUCUGCGCAUGCUCAAACUGGGCAGGCAUUCCACAGGCUUACGCUCACUUGGAAUGACAAUCACCCAGUGUUACGAAGAAGUUGGCCUGCUGCUCCUAUUUCUUUCUGUAGGAAUCUCUAUAUUUUCAACUGUGGAAUAUUUUGCUGAGCAGAGCAUUCCCGACACAACCUUCACAAGUGUCCCUUGUGCAUGGUGGUGGGCCACAACGUCCAUGACUACCGUGGGAUAUGGGGACAUCAGACCAGACACCACCACGGGCAAAAUCGUGGCCUUCAUGUGUAUCUUAUCGGGAAUCCUUGUCUUGGCCUUGCCCAUUGCUAUUAUUAACGACCGCUUCUCUGCUUGCUACUUCACCUUAAAGCUCAAGGAAGCAGCUGUUAGACAGCGUGAGGCUCUGAAGAAACUUACCAAGAAUAUAGCCACUGACUCAUAUAUCAGUGUUAACUUGAGAGAUGUCUAUGCCCGGAGUAUCAUGGAGAUGCUUCGAUUAAAAGGCAGAGAAAGAGCAAGUACUAGGAGCAGUGGAGGAGAUGAUUUCUGGUUUUGAAUUCACUUUCAGUUUAUUUACAAAAGCCUGUGUAAUACUAACUUGAUUGAUAAAGCCUUGAUAUGGAUGUCUGUACACUGCUGAUGAGUCUCUGUUGAGUACCACCUGUGUUCAUUUGGUUCAUACGUUGCUUGAUCUACUAGAAUAGUUCACAUCCCCCAAAACAGCAACACUUCGUUUUUUCACAUUUGAGUCUCAAAAAUAUCCAUUUAACGCAACCAGGCCAAUAUACACAUGUCUGAAUUGUCAAAUACCAAAUAAUAUUGCAGUGCAUACAACAAAGUUAAAUGUUUUACGCAUCACUAAUUUUUAGAAUCUUUUGCACCACUAAUUCUAAAAGACGGGAGUUAAACUGCAUAGCCCAGAGAAAAGAUAAGUGAACAUUUAAGAACACACUGGACAACUUUGCCAUUUAAAGAUACUCUCCAAGUAAAUAAAUCCCUCCUUUCUCCAUCAGUUAAAACUGUUGAAUAUAACAAUUCUCUUUUCAAGAGAAAAGCCUGAUUUGAUGGUCAUAGACUGAGUCCCUAUCUUUCCUCUGGUGCAGAUGACCGAUCACAAAUGGACUGAGCUCUGUAUUCCAUCAUUACGGUUGGAGGUAGAAACCCAAAACUGCUUAGACUGCGGUAGAAGAUUGCUACCCAAAGGCUUCGAGAGUUGUGCAUCUUCAUCCUCCCCACUGAGUGCAUAUGUGCAGUAUAAAGGCGGUAUCUCUUAGUAUUCCAUGGAAACUAGAUGGUCUUUAAAAAAUCUCUUUAUUGAUGUAGUGUUCAAGUUAUGUCCUUAAAAUCAUGACUUUGUAAGUAAAGGUGAAGUAGUGAACAUCCUAAAUGUAUAUACACUGAAAUUAUUAAAUAGUCUUAUUUCAUAAUAUGAGAAUGAUAUGUUGAAUGAUUCCACUGGGUGAACUUGACGAUCUUUUAUUUGUUAACAAAAAAUAUUACGGAUAGCUUUCUGACUGUUGGGGUAAAUAGCAAAUGUUCAAACUUUACACGCAUUUUGACAGUCAUUCAUGAUAAUAAUAAAAUUUCUAGUCAGUUUGUUAUAUAAUUAAAGCCAAUAGCUCUACCUAAGC